AUGUGGUUAAGGAUUGUACAUCCGGGAAUAACGAAAGCGCGGCGAGACUGGUAUGAGUCUAUUUGUGACGUAGCACCAAGUGUGUCUGCCAGUGUUGUGUAUCGCAGUCGGGAAAUAUGGGCUGGUGGUCUUGGAGUGAAGAGCAGAGAGCAUGGCGGUUAUCCAGACAGCACAACUGUCUACAGAAUCGCAAGUGUUUCUAAAGUCUUUGUGGUUAUCAUGGUGCAUCAGAUGCUAGAGAAAGGUUACAUUGCAUCACUAGACGACGAACUCCAAAAGUACAUUCCUGAAUUUGAUAUCAAUAAUCCUUUUGGAACGAAGUCGAUCACACUUAGACAAAUGAUGUCGCAACUGUCUGGUUUACCUCAAGGAGUUCCAUGUCUUUACGGUUUAUUAAAUAUUUGCCAGGGAACCACAAACGAGGAUAUCUACGCUCGAUUGAAACAGCAGUCGCUUAUUCUCCCACCGUGGACACGCCCAUCAUACAGUAACUUGGCAUAUGCAUUGCUUGGCAACGGUUUAGUGAAUUUGGUACCCAAUUAUGUGACAUAUGAGGAUUACGUUCACAAGAUGAUAUUGGAGCCUCUUGGUAUGACCAUGACGGGAUUUAAUUAUACAGAAAGUGUAAUUGAUGAAAUGGCUGUUGGGUAUGAUCCGGAUGGGUCUGUGGCUCCGCUGACUGAUCUUGGUUGGGGUGGUCCAGCUGGUCAAAUGUACUCCACAGUGAAUGACUUAGCAAAGCUUGGUAGCUUUCUGAUGUCUUCUUAUGACUACAAAAGCCCAUCAUCGUCCGUAUUACAAAAAGAGACAAUUAGAGAAAUGUUAUUGCCAUUGUUUCUUAACCCUGAUGGACUAACACAGUUUGGAAUGCCCUGGGAGAUGAGACUAAUGCAUAACUACUUGGUACGGCGCAAGGGAGGCAAUAUACGUGGAUACACAACACUAUUUAGCUUUGUACCAGAGCUGCAACUUGGAGUCAAUAUCGUAUGGAGUGGAUCAAUGGAUGAGUACCAUGCUUCAGUAGUGGUGUAUGAUAUACUAAUACCGGCUUUAACCAACGCUCUUUCUUCUGUACAACCAAAGCCUGGCUAUCCUUCUAAACCAGCCAACUAUGAAGGCACAUACAAAGGCAUCAUUGAUAUUGGUCUAUCAGUAGCAAAGAUUCUAUCUAUCAAUGAUACUCUUUUUGUCGUCAUUCCUGGUAGUGGUAUCAGUGUAUUUAUGGACUGCGUGAAUGCCACCACUGGUGUUCUCUUCAUUCGGUCUGAUAGCCGUUCAUGCUUGCAGUCUGAACUGCCGGGAAUCACUGGAGAGUAUGUCUACUUUCAAUUGGAUGAGUUGGGUGUCGCUCAGAAUUUUACGAUUCCCGGAUAUCUUUGGGGUGCCACAUUUAUUCGUACAAGCUGAGCUUUGAAAUGAAGUGGAUUGAACCAAAGACAAUUUUUAGUUGAAGGUGUCAGUUAGUGAGCGUUUCUGUGGUUUUUGUUGUUGUGAUGUUGGAGUUAUUUGCCAAUUUUUGUG